CCACUAAAUAGCUUGUGAAGAAGCCAAUUCCCGCUCAAAGGAAAUACCGACACUCCUGACACGAAUGGUUUUUCGGCUGCCGCAGCCCUACGGUGAAAUAAUCGGAUGGACGACGUAGAUCGUUUAUUUGAAUGCUUCAAAUGCGGCAUCUCUCCCCCUCAAUCAGCGAUAAGAGAAAGGAAAAAGGGAAAGCGGACUGUGAAGCAAGAUGAUACAUUGGAAAAGUUAUCAACUCCUUCGGAUGUUGAGCUCUGCCUACAGAAUUUGGGUUCAUCAACAGCAAAGAUACAAAGUGUUAAGAAGGGGCGGCAGUUCUCUCCCCUUGUAUUUUAUGGUUCUCCUCAUGGAGUUCCUCCAAAAAGACCAGCUCGUCUAUUGCGCCUCUUGAAUGAAAUCCGUGUAGAUCUUAACGAGCAAAAUAAAUUAAGACAAGAUAUAUGGGCCACAUUUCCAAGGCAAGAUGAAGCGAUGAAGUAUGCUAAAGAGCAAUCAAAUGCUCGUGUUUUCAGUUAUCAGGAUCAUGUGAAUGGUCAAAGGAGAUUCCUUGUUUCCACAUAUAAAGAGUUCUGGAGAAGGUACGAAACUAUGAAUCCUAUAUUUCGGCACCACUAUGAAGUAAUCCAGGAGGGAUUGCCAUGCCACCUCUAUUUUGAUCUGGAGUUCAACAAGAGAGAAAAUGCAGGUAAAAAUGGAGAUGAAAUGGUUGACCUUCUGAUACAGGUCAUCUUUGAUGCAGUCAAGGAAAAGUACUGUCUUGAAGGAAGCGAUGACUGGGUUGUGGAGCUCGAUUCCUCCAAUGAAGAAAAAUUUUCUCGUCAUUUAAUUAUUCGAUUUCCAAAGGCUGCUUUCAAGGACAAUUUGCAUGCAGGUGCAUUUGUUACAGAGAUAUGCUCAAGGAUCAGUAGCUUAAGUGAAACUGAUGGAAGAUUUAGAAAGCUUUUUGUCUCAAAGGAUUCAAGCUUAAUUGAUAUUCCACAUCAACUGUUUGUGGAUAAAGCUGUCUACUCUAGAAAUCGCUGCUUUCGCCUAGCCCUGUCAUCUAAAGCAGGGAAGAGUUCUGUGCUUCUGCCAAGUGGACGUUUUAAAUGUAAGGACAUGACUAAGGAAGAAGUGUUUAUGGCAUCCUUGAUUUGCAAGAUAGAUGCUGAUUGUGAGAAGCUACUCAUCUGCAAAAUGGAUCUAGAUUGCGUAAAGGCCCUUCAAUUUGAUACGGAGAGUACCGAGAGUUUCCAACUGCAUUCUGGUGUUUCAUUGGACUUUGACCUAAAUGCUUGUACAAGCGAUCCCUCGAGAACUUAUUUGAUGGGAAAAUCACCAUUCCCAUCUUUGGAUAUGUUUGUAGAGUCUGUUGCUUCAAUCGGAAAUAUACCAGGAAAAAUCCGAAGUUGGUACUGGUUCUCUGAGUAUGCAUUGAUGGUCUACAGCAUGUCUAGAAAUAGAUACUGUGAAAGAAUUGGCAGACAACAUAAAAGCAAUCAUGUUAUAUACGUAGUUGAUCUGAGAAGGGCUGUUUAUUAUCAGAAGUGCCACGAUCCUGAUUGCAGAGGCUACCGAUCUCCCUUGCGACCUGUCCCGGAUAAUGUUAUACCUCAUUCAUCCAUUUCCGUCAAUCUGCCUGGACAUAAUUUGGAUUGGGGGCAGCCAACUGUAAACAGUGACGAAAGCAUUUUCAGCAGCUGUAAGAAAGAAUGGUGGCUUGAAGCCAUAAGAGUUGCAGACAGCGUUGAGAAUGUACAAAAGGCAUUGGAUCUUACUGAGGAUAGAACCUGUGAAGAAGAUGAGUGGUUGAUGGCUGUUGAAAGGACUGCAUACCAGUCAGAGCAAUCAUACCUGGGAAAAGCUUAGCCAUUUCAGCUCUUGGCAAAUGUUUAUUACCCUUUUUUUCCCUAAAAUUGUUACAUUAAAUGCUGAACUGGGGAUUUCCAGGUCCAGCUAGUUGGCGUUACUAGUUUCCCCAACCACAUCACACAUUGUGUAUGUUCUGUUAACUGAUGGCCUCUCAAUUUUGUCUAUUAUGCAGCAAAGCAGUGCUUGGUGGAAAGCUAAAUAUAUAUGUAUUGCUACAUUCCAAGUUUGUACAUGCAUUGUGGUGCUCAAACGGGUUUGAAUGUUAAGACUUCUAUUAAUUAA